CCCUUUUUUAUGAGUGGCGUAGUAUAAUGUAAAACAUUCCUGCGGGGUAGGAGAAGCGGGACCCGAACGACCGGUUGCCAUUUGGCUCCCUUUUCGCCCAGGGGGCUUGCUCUCUCGCCCUCCUGAAUCCCCUUUAGAAAGAGAUCGGAAACCAAACCCUCGCCCCUCUCGCUCUCCUUACUCUCUCCUUUCCCUUUGAUUUCUUCCUGUUCUUCCAAUUGUUUCUUCGAUUUGGAUCGAUUCAAUUCCUGGGAGCGCUCAGAACCCUAGUUUUUGAGGUGAUGGAGCUGGUCGGGAGGGCGGUGAGGAAGAGAUUUCCGGGGUUUGGGAUCUUUGAGGGAAUGGUCGAGUCUUAUGAUCCAUCGGUAGGCUACUUCAAGGUGGUAUACGAGGAUGGGGACUCGGAGGAGGUCGACUUUGGGGAGAUCGCCUUGAUGCUGACGGAGAUGGGGGAAUCGUCGCCGCUGCCCGAGGGGCAGCCCAGGCGGAGUAAUCGAGGGCGGAGGCCCAAGAAGCGGCGCCGGAGCGAGCCGGAUCGGGUGGCGCAUGGCGGUUCCGGUGGGGGAGGGGAGGAUGAACUUCUGAGAGGUAAGGUUAUGGGUAAGGGUUUGGUUGGGGAAGGUGGAAACGUAGUGGAGGUGGGUGGGGUUUCGGUGGAAAAUGGUGCAGUGUCUGAUGGGAUUGUGAAUGAAAAUGGUGAUUUGGUAGUUGGUGGAGGAACCCAUGUGAAUGGGGAUUGUUCAAAUGUGUGCAUAAGGGAGAUUGGUUCACCUCAGGGUUUCGAAGGAACUCCCAAAAUAGAGAAAUUGGAGGAGAAGGAUGGUUUUGAUGGUACUGAUGGCUCUGAGAUGAAGGCUGAAACAUUGGUGGCGCAUCCAGAGGAAACUGCCCAUUUAGAAGGUUGUAAAGAUACCCUCGUGGAGGAACCUUUGUUGAAAGAUUGCAAUUCUGAUUAUGUGUUUUCGGAAGGUCAAGGAGGGGUUAGCGCCUGUAAGGUAGAGAAGGAUGAGCAGGGCCCACAGAAAAGGCAAAGGCUAUCUGAGAAAAUCAAGUCCCUUCCAGAGAUGCCUUUGAGGAGGAGUGCUCGUAGAGCAAGAGCUGCUCAGUUAUCUCCAGUGGAUUCUGUUCCCCGUCAGGUGGAGAAGAAUAUGCUGGCUUCUGAGAAUGUCAUGUUUAAUAGGAAAGAUUGUGGCUUGGUUGUUGAGGAUUCCAAGCUGGAGCUUCCCCCAUCUUCGAAUGAUGUGGAUUUAGAUGGGCUCCCCAUUCUUGAUCUCUUCUCUGUUUAUACUUGUUUAAGGUCCUUCAGUCGGUUGCUUUUUUUGAGUCCAUUUCGUCUGGAAGCUUUUGUGGCAGCAUUGCGAUGCAAAUUUGUUAAUAAUUUGAUUGAUUCCAUACAUUUUUCUCUCUUGCAAGCCUUGAAACAGCAUUUGGAGUUUCUUUCUGAAGAAGGAUCAAGGUCAGCUGCUGAUUGUCUCAGGAAUCUCAAUUGGGAGCUGUUAGACUUAGUUACAUGGCCUGUAUAUCUUGCUGAAUAUUUACUAGUUCAUUGUCCAUCAGUGAGGUGUGACUUUAAGCUUACACAUUUGAAACUUUUGAACAUGGAGUACUAUAAACAGCCAGCUGGGGUAAAGCUGGAGAUACUUCGUUGCCUGUGUGAUGAUGUCAUUGAAGUUGAAGUGAUAAGAUCAGAACUUAAUGCAAGGAUGAUAGAAUUUGAACCUAAUCUGGAUGUUUUUAGUAGCAUGAACGGUGCAAGGAAGAGGAAUUAUUUGUGCAUGAAUGGUUCGGCACAUUUGUCUUUGGCUCAAGAUGCAUUUGAAGAAACUGCUGAUGGAAAUAGCGAUGAAUGUUGCCUCUGUAAGAUGGAUGGUAGCUUAAUAUGCUGUGAUGGUUGUCCUGCUGCUUUUCAUUCUAGGUGCGUGGGAGUGGCCAAAGAUCUUUUGCCUGAAGGCUACUGGUAUUGUCCAGAGUGCUUGAUUGAGAAAGGAGAUGGAUUGGUAAAUUUGUCAAAGUCUUGCCAUGGAGCAGAGACUUUGGGAAUAGAUCCACAUGGACGCCUGUAUUUCAGCUGUUGUGGCUAUCUUUUGGUGUCUGAUUCAUGUGAUACAGUUGCUCCAUCUCAUUAUUAUAACAAAAAUGAUUUGGUGGCUGUUAUCAAAUUGUUGAAAUCAUCUCAUGCUUCUUAUAGUGCAAUUGUGAAUGCAAUAUCCUCAUAUUGGAAAGUUCCUGUAAAUGCCUCUAAUUCCAGCAAUCAUGGCCAUGAGAUUCCUAACGUGCAUGAAGUCUUGGAUGCUAGUAUGCACUCUCAACACUUAGCACUCGCAAAGCAAGAGGUUUCCAUUGAUGGCAUUAUUGAAAAUGCACCGAAGGAAUAUUCUGCUUCACCUGGAUGCUCUGAACCUAAUUGUCUUAGUGCUUCAGAUUUAAGACAGUUGAAUUUGAUGGACUCUCAUCAGUCUGCAGAAAUAAACCGGCCAUUUGCAUGUUCUGAAUCUGUAGAUGAAAUGGCUGAUGCUACAACCUGUGAUCAACUUUCUCAGCAAAUAUACAAUGAAUGUUCUAAGAACGAAAAUGUUCCUGAUAAAGAAUUUAUUUCUGUGAAACCAGUGGACUUAUCUGUUGAGAAUGAAAAAUAUGUUGAACUCCCUGGUUGGGGGGUUGGCAUAUCAUUGAUAACCGACCGAUGGAAAGGUGUGGAUUCUCGACUGCAAUCUGAUCCUGGUUGUUAUGUGAAUUACUAUACUUUUGGUCGAAUAGCUUUCUCUGUUGCUCAAGAGCUAAUGCAUAAAGCGUCUGAGAGUGGCAAUAAGGAGUCUAAGAAGCCUGUUGAGGACAUGAUGUCACAACAACUAAAGGCGAUCUCUAAGAAUUCAAUCAGAUUUUGUUGGUACAGUAACCAGAAGUUAUCAUUGGAUGCACAGAAAGAAAAAUGUGGUUGGUGUUAUUCCUGCAAAAGUCUGAAUGGUAGUGAUUGUUUAUUUAAAGUUAUGGAUGACAAGCAUCUUGAAAGUUCUAAGCCCCGGACAGCUGGACUUCGUUCUGAAAAGAAAAAGAAAAGUCACAUUCUUUCUGCUAUGCAUCAUAUUUUGUCGAUUGAAGACCGCGUGCGUUGCUUUUUAUCUGGUCUAUGGGAGAAUCCACAUUACAGUAACCUCUGGCGCAAGGCUGUUCUGAAGGCAUCGGAUGUUGCAUCACUAAAACAUCUGCUUCUUAAUUUAGAAUCAAAUUUGCGUCGUGUUGCACUUUCAGCAGAAUGGCUAAAACCUGUGGAUUCUGUUGAGAUAGUUGGUUCAGCAUCUCAUGUAGUGACUGGUUCCUUGCUUGUAUCGUCAAAUAAUGGUGGUAGUAGAAAACAGAGCAAAAAAACCUUAUCUGUUUCUGAGAGUGUUCGUGAACCUGCUGCUGGAAGUCUUUUUUGGUGGAGGGGUGGAAGACUGUCCCGACAAGUUUUUCAGUGGAAGAUAUUGCCUCGAUCUUUGGCUUCCAAGGGUGGUCACCAAGCUGGCUGUAAGAAAAUUCCAAAUAUAUUAUAUCCUGAUGGUUCAGAGUUUGCCAGGAGAAGCAAAUUUGUUGCCUGGCGAGCUGCUGUUGAGAUGUCACAGAGUGUUGCGCAGCUCAUUUUUCAGAUUAAAGAAUUUGAUUCAAAUAUUAGGUGGACUGAACUUUCAAACAGUCAGCUUUUCCCGCAGCUGACUAAUGAAUCCAAGAAAUUAGCAAGGCUAUUCAAGAAGGUGAUGAUCCGCAGAAAGUGUAUUGAGGGAACAAAUGUGAAAUAUCUACUUGAUUUUGGCAAGAGAGAGUGUGUCCCUCCUAUUGUUGCCAGACAUGGGGUUAUGUUUGAAGAACCCAAUAGUGAAAGAAAGAAAUAUUGGUUGAAUGAAAUUCAUGUUCCUCUAAACCUUCUGAAGUCUUUUGAAGAGAAAAAAAUUGCUCGCUUACUUAAAAGGACAAAUUCUGGACUGCUUUCCGAGAAGGUAAAUAGCUGCAACAUGAAGAAGCGCAAAAGAUCAAAGGGACUUUCUCACCUAAUAUUGAAAGCAGAAAAAUUAGAGAGCCAGCUUUGUGGGCACUGUAACAAAGAUGUACUGAUUAGAGAAGCUGUGAGCUGCGAAAUUUGUAAUGGCUAUUUUCAUAGAAGGCAUUUCAGAGUGCCCAAAGGUGCCAUCACUACAACUUACACUUGCUACAGAUGCAAGGAUAAAAAUACUAUGAAGAUAAAAGCUCAAGGCCGUAAAGGAGUUUCAAAGAAAAGAAAAACCUUGACAGGUAAAAAGUCAAAGGGUUUGCCUAUGAAAGGAAAGUGUGCUUCAAAUGGAUUGCCUAAGAAAGGAAAGCAUGCGCAACGCCUGUUGCCUAAGACGGGAAAGCAUGUAGUGGCGAAAAACCAAAAAAAGUUCAAUGGAAAAAAGAAAGGUAAAAAAGGUAAAAAGGGUAAACCUAAAAGGAGUCAGUCCAGAAAAUCAGAUAAUGGUAUCAGCUGGCCUAAGAGAAAAAGAACAAUUGUGCAUCAUUCCUACUGGCUAGAUGGUCUUCAGUGGACAGGGAAACUAGACAAUGAACAGGGGAAGUGUUUUAGAAGAAGAAAAGUUCUUCUGCCAUCCCAACAUUUGGGAGACCCCUCUGUACAACCAGUGUGCUGCCUUUGUGGUAAAGAAUACAAUUCAGACAUCAUCUAUAUUGGUUGCGAAAGUUGUGAAGAUUGGUUUCAUGGAGAUAUUUAUUGCCUUACUCUUGAGAAUAUCAACAAUCUGAUUGGUUUUAAGUGCCAUAAAUGCCGUAGAAGAAGCAUCCCUGCAUGUCCAUUCUCACGAAAUUCAGUAAUUGGUGAGGGUCAAUCAAAUGAUGAAUGCAUUGGAGGGGCUGUUGGUAUUGAGGAUCAAACUGAUAAGGAAAAAUCUCACAGUGGAAUAUAUGAAGAUUGUGCAGCUACAGUUCAUAAUAAUGUUUAUCUAGAUGAGGAGCAAAAAGAAGGCACUAAACAUGCUGAAGAGGAACUUAUGUUGUCCAGUGAAACUGGGUUAACAGCAGGACCUAUUGCUGAUCAGUUGCUUGAAAAUGCAGAGGAAACAGUCACAUCUUCUGGACAUCAGAAUGAAAUUCAAAUACUGGUAGCAUCACGUGAGAUGGGAGGGUUUGAAUGAAAUGGUGAUAGUAUGAGUUGCUAUUAGCUGGUAUGCUUGGUCAUUCUGCUGUUCCACAUUCAAAAACAGACAAUUCUAUCAGCACCAUAGUUGGCUGUCAUUGAAGUAAAAGAUGUUUUCUUCAUUUUUGAUGCAAUGAGUUAUCAUUAUGGUUGGUGCAACUUCAUGAUUACAAUUUGUUGGGAUGGUCCAACUUGGUAAAAGCUCGCACAUGUAAGAGAACAGUUUUUCGUGUGAUUCUUGUUAGAUUGAAUCUGACCUGGGAUUUUGCCAUUAAUUCUCUGUCGCGUUAUGCACUCAUGGAUCAAUGAAUUGUCUUAUAAAGUCCAUGGUGGAUUUGGUUGCUCAUCAUUUCCAUUUUUGGCUUGCAUGCGUUGGACCAGAUUCCAGAGGAACAUCAGACUGUCAGAUGUUAUCCAAAGGGAAACUUCUAAGGUGCCGCACCCAUUACCAAAUAUCUCAUGAAGCUCUUUCCUGCACAUGUUUUCUAAGCACUUCCUAUCCUUGAGUCUUUUAAAGAUCUGUUUCCCAGCACCUGCACCUGAAUCUGCUAUCAUGUUCACUGCUUCAGGAGGGUACACUGGGCAUGCUGUUGAAGAUAACACUAUUCUUCUGCUGUUUGGAGACCAUAGUUCAACAUUCUAUCUCACUCUACAAUUGGUUUAUCUUUUUCUGCGGAAUCAACACAUUUCCAUCCAUUCUUUGACCUGAGUAGGAAAAUGGAAGCUAAUCUACUAACUCAAACGUUUAUUCAAAGAUAUCAUUUAGACAUGCGAAAGACAUUGAUCUGAGCUUACACCCUCUUGUUAUUAUCACUUGUCUGGAUAUAAAAAGCAAGGAAUCAAAAAUUUUAAUUUACAUGGUUAAUUCUCGAUAUUGAUUAACAUCACAUUCAGAAACUUCUUGUUGUCAGCAGGUUCAUUGGUAUUAAGUUUUAUCUUCUUGCAUAUAAACUAAUUUGUAUGAGGAUGUUUCCCUGCAAGCCUAUUCUGCAUGAACUUUGCUGCAGAUGUUGCGACAGAUUAGGGACUAGGUGUGCAUUUUCUCCAGAGGAAGACUUUGAUAUUCCUAUUUAAAUGGGUUAAAAUAUGUUAAAAGCA